ACUGACAGUCUGGACGUACAACACAGCAGGACACCCAGGCAGGGUCCCAGGGAACUUACUGAGCGAAAGCAAGGGAUCGACGACGUUUCUCUUGUGGAACUUGUUGUAGCCAAGUUGCUUAUCAAACAAUUAAAGUAUUAUUAUUAUUAUUAUUAUUAUUAUUAUUAUUAUUAUUAUUAAUUUGCGCGUUCUUUUUAUAAGAAAGCAGGCGUCAAGGUGCUAAACGGGCGCAAUUUCCACGUCCCCCCUGAGGGCUAUUUUAAGCCGGACUGCGUUAUUAUAUGAGGCUCUAGACCAGACUAGAGGAGUACAGUACAGUCGGGUACAGCAGUAGGGUACAGUGGAGUGCAGGCAGGGUAGACGCCGGGGCUGCGGCACAGCGCGAGGACAAUGGCGGAGGGACACUUCUACCCGCGCGGCAGAGCCGGCGGCGGCAUCGCGAGGGACCCCUUUGGCGAGCAGUCCUUCGCCUCGCGAUUCAUGGAUGACCAGUUCGCGAUGCCGCCCUUUCAGGAUGACCUGUCCAUGGACUGGCCGGCCUGGGCUCGCCCCCGACUCAGCUCCCCGUUCCCGAGCAGCCUGCGCUCCGCGUUCCCGCGCACGUCCCUGGACGCGGCGCCCGGCGGCUACAGCCCGAGGUACAGCGACGCUGCGGACGCGCCCGCGGCCGCGCGCGGAGACGCGUGGAAGGUGUGCGUGAACGUGCACAACUUCACACCGGAGGAGCUGAGCAUCAAGACCAAAGAGGGAUUCGUUGAAGUGUCGGGAAAACAUGAAGAAAAGCAAGAUGAAGGAGGCAGUGUGACCAAAACCUUCAAUAAGAAGAUCCAGAUUCCUAGAGAUGUGGACCCCUUGUCAGUCUUCGCUUCUCUGUCCCCUGAAGGUGUCCUCAUCAUCGAGGCCCCCCAGACCCCCCCAUAUUACCUCUUCAACAAUGACACACCUAGCAGUGAAGGUGGGGAGGCAGAGGUCAAGUCUCAAGAAAUGCCAGUGGCCUGACAUCUUGGUCCAUAUAUUAAGCUGCGUCCGCUUGCCAACCACUUGUUCACUCUUGGAUGGAACAGGACAGUCCCGUCCCCCAUCCCUCUUCCCCCGUCCCCCAUCUCCCCACGUACCCAACCCAACUGUCCCACUGUAGCUCUCAACCA